AUGGAGGCUCAAAUGGCAAAUCUCCACCUUGAUGGCGGCGCCGACCCUAAACAAGCCUCCCGCCCCUCGCACGCGCAGGCUCAUGGCAGGAGCGCGCAUCCUCCGAACGCUGCCAUGAGGCCACUUGCUCCCUCGAGCUCCAUCGCGUCCAACAUGGGCAUCAACGGUGGCGUCAACAUGCAGCACUUUAACCGCAUCGCUGCCUCUGCAAUGGGCGGCGGGGCUGCGGUCUCAUCCACCGGGCUCACCAACGCCAACAGCAUCGUGCAAGGCAUGAGCCGCGGCGCUCCAUCACACAUGCAGCCACUCAAUGCUGCGAGGCCAAGUGCACAACAACCGACCCACGGGCACAGCAACCUCAAGAGUCGACCUCCAAGUGUGGCGGGAACCUCUGCUGGCGCCGCGGGCUCAUAUCGCGCCCCAAAUGCUCUGUCUCAUACAUCACAAUCCACCAAGGGAAGCAACAUGCUCGAGGCAAGCUCGUCCAGGCCGCCAACUCAGAAUGCCUCCUCAGCAUCCUCGGCACCAACCGUCGACCUCGGCCGCUACGAUGGCGGGCUGGAGCGCGACGAGGCCCGCGGUCGCAGAGGCACCAUGCAGUUCGAUCCGCUCGUCUUGUCCUCGGCCGAUGCGGGCAAGUCGCAUCCACCGACGCGAGUGUGGUCGCUCAACGACUUUGAGAUGGGUCGUCCGCUCGGCAAGGGCAAGUUCGGUCGCGUCUACAUGGUCCGCACUCGCGGCGGUCCCAACAAGGGCUACAUCAUCGCGCUCAAGUGCAUGUACAAGAACGAGCUCGUCGAGAACAAGGUCGAAAAGCAGCUGCGUCGCGAGAUCGAGAUCCAGAUGAACCUGCGCCAUCCUCAUAUCCUGCGUCUCCACGGAUACUUCCACGACGAAGGCCGUGUCUUCCUCAUGCUCGAAUUUGCAGGCCGCGGAGAACUGUACAAGCUCAUGAACAAGCUUCCCGACCGCAGAUUCGAGGAGAAGGUCGCUGCAAGCUACAUCGCCCAGAUGGCAGACGCGCUGUCGUAUCUGCAUAGCAAACAUGUGAUCCACCGCGACAUCAAGCCCGAGAACCUUCUGCUUGGCAUCAAAGGCGACCUCAAGAUCGGUGACUUUGGCUGGAGCGUACAUGCGCCAGGCAAUCGCCGUCAAACGCUUUGCGGCACGCUCGACUAUCUUCCUCCCGAGAUGGUCAACGGUGAACAGCACGACAAGGCUGUCGAUCUCUGGGCCCUCGGCGUCCUAUGCUUCGAAUUCUUAGAAGGCGUUCCUCCCUUUGAGGAGCUCGAAAACGCUCCGGCCGGCACUUAUCGCCGCAUCAACAACAUCGACUUCAAGAUCCCACGUCACUUUAGCCCGGAAGCUGCUGACCUGGUACGCGCACUCCUCAAGAAGAAACCAGACGACCGCCUUCCACUCACAAAAGUGCUGCGCCAUCCCUGGAUCAUGAAGUACGACCCGGACGCCUGCCGUCGCGCAUCGCGCGGCAAGAUCCAGUAG